GAAAACAAAUAGAAGGAAAUAAUGUGCAAUGAAUCACAGAUGGGUGUCUCUGCAAUUUGAAUAGUUCUGGUUGUUUUUUUGUAAUUUAGAAUGAUUGAAUAUGUCUAGUGAUGUUACUUUGAAAUAAUAAGCUUAUAAAGUGCUUAUUUUUCACAACUCACAUUUCAUACCUAUGAUGGAACGAGCGAUGGAGCAGUUAAAUGUACAGCUGAAUAGGUUGACACGAUCACUGAGACGAGCCAGGACUGUGGAACUCCCUGAAGACAAUGAAACAGCAGUGUACACUUUAAUGCCAAUGGUAAUGGCAGACCAGCAUAGGUCUGUUGCAGAACUACUUUUAAACUCCAAGUUUGAUGUCAAUUAUGCUUUUGGACGUGUAAAGAGAAGCUUGCUACAUAUUGCAGCAAAUUGUGGCUCCGUGGAAUGCCUUAUUUUACUCUUGAAGAAAGGAGCCAAUCCCAACUACCAAGACAUUUCAGGCUGUACACCACUUCAUUUGGCAGCUAGAAAUGGGCAAAAGAAGUGCAUGGGAAAGUUAUUGGAAUAUAAUGCAGAUGUUAACAUUUGCAAUAAUGAAGGAUUAACUGCAAUCCAUUGGUUGGCUGUCAAUGGACGAACUGAACUUCUUCAUGAUCUGGUGCAGCAUGUUUCUAAUGUAGAUGUGGAGGAUGCAAUGGGACAAACUGCGCUGCACGUGGCCUGUCAAAAUGGGCAUAAAACAACAGUGCUUUGUCUAUUGGACAGUGGUGCAGAUAUCAACAGACCCAAUGUUUCAGGAGCCACCCCUCUGUACUUUGCAUGCAGCCAUGGCCAGAGAGACACGGCUCAGAUUCUGCUGUCAAGGGGAGCCAAGUACCUGCCAGAUAAAAAUGGGAUCACUCCACUGGACCUCUGUGUGCAGGGUGGUUAUGGGGAAACCUGUGAAAUCUUAAUACAGCAUCAUGGAAGAUUAUUCCAGACCCUCAUCCAGAUGACACAAAAUGAUGAUAUAAAGGAGAACAUGCUUCGUCAAGUCCUAGAGCAUGUUUCUCAACAGAGUGAAAGCCAUUAUCAGAAGAUUCUCACAGGCCUCGCUGAAGUUGCCACAACAAAUGGACAUAAACUUUUAAGCUUAUCAAGUAAUUAUGAAGCUCAGAUGAAGAGUCUGUUGAGAAUUGUGCGGAUAUUCUGCCACGUCUUCCGUCUUGGCCCUUCCUCGCCUAGUAAUGGAAAUGACAUGGGUUACAAUGGCAAUAAAACACCACGAAGUCAAGUGUUCAAGGUCAGAAAAGUAUAUGACGUUAGGAAGAAUGACGUUAUUGGAGUUAAAGAGACGGGUUUCAAAGAGCAUGCAAACAUAUAUCAGACUUCUCCUGAACAGGAACCUUUGGAGUUACUCUGGCACUCCCUUGAUGAGUGGCUGGUUUUAAUUGCUACAGAGCUGGAGAAAAACAAAAGGGAUCCAGCUUCAGGUGCCAACAACAUCACUUCCAUUUUACUAAAGCAAAGAGAAGUUGAUUCUUCUGCUGCGUCAGUGGUGGGUGACAAUACCGCACGUCCUCAAGCCAUCACACCUGCAAGCCAGGCCCAGCUGGAUGCAGAGGUGAUCAUUGAGGCUCCGGAGGCCUAUGCUGACGGCGAGGAUGUCAUAUCCAUGACAGCCAAUCGACUUAGUGCUGUCAUCCAAGCCUUCUACUUGUGCUGCUCUUGUCAGAUGCCUCAGGGAAUGACAUCGCCCCGGUUCAUAGAGUUUGUCUGCAAGCAUGAUGAAGUGCUGAAAUGCUUUGUUACCAGAAACCCCAAAAUAAUUUUCAACCAUUUUCACUUCCUCCUCGAGUGCCCUGAAUUGAUGUCGAGGUUCAUGCAUAUCAUAAAAGCCCAGCCAUUCAAAGACAGAUGCGAGUGGUUCUAUGAGCAUCUCCACGCCGGUCAGCCUGACUCUGAUAUGGUGCACAGACCCGUCAAUGAGAAUGACAUUCUCCUUGUUCACAGAGAAUCUAUUUUCCGGAGCAGCUGUGAAGUUGUGUCUAAAUCAAGUAAUGAGAAGUUGAAGCAAGGGAUUGCAGUGCGUUUCCAUGGAGAAGAAGGGAUGGGCCAGGGUGUUGUACGUGAAUGGUUUGAUAUCCUGUCCAAUGAGAUCAUUAACCCAGAUUAUGCCUUGUUUACACAGUCUGCUGAUGGAACUACAUUUCAGCCAAACAGUAAUUCAUCUGUCAAUCCUGACCACCUAAACUACUUCCGCUUUGCUGGACAGAUUCUGGGAUUAGCUUUGUACCACCGACAGCUGGUCAAUAUUUAUUUCACCCGAUCAUUCUACAAACAUAUCCUUGGAAUUCCUGUGAACUACCAGGAUGUGGCCUCCAUUGACCCUGAAUAUGCUAAAAACCUGCAGUGGAUUCUGGAUAAUGACAUCAGUGAUUUGGGCCUGGAGCUAACAUUUUCAGUGGAAACCGAUGUGUUUGGUGCCAUGGAAGAAGUACCAUUGAAGCCAGGUGGUGUCAGUAUCCUGGUUACCCAGGACAAUAAGGCCGAGUAUGUCCAGCUUGUGACUGAACUGCGUAUGACCCGAGCCAUUCAGCCGCAGAUUAAUGCGUUUCUACAAGGCUUUCAUACAUUCAUCCCCCCUUCUCUGAUACAGCUGUUCGAUGAAUAUGAAUUGGAAUUGCUGCUUUCAGGAAUGCCAGAGAUUGACGUAAAUGACUGGAAGAAGAACACAGAGUACACAAGUGGAUAUGAUUUGGAAGAGCCAGUUAUUAAGUGGUUUUGGGAGGUUGUUGAGAGCCUCACCCAGGAGGAGCGAGUGCUGCUGUUGCAGUUUGUCACAGGCAGUUCAAGGGUACCUCAUGGAGGCUUUGCAUAUCUCAUGGGAGGCAGUGGAUUGCAAAAGUUUACAAUAGCUGCAGUGCCAUACACUUCAAACCUUCUCCCAACAUCCAGCACAUGCAUCAACAUGCUGAAGCUACCAGAAUACCCAAAACAAGAGAUCCUCAGAGACAGGCUUCUAGUGGCACUGCAUUGUGGGAGUUAUGGUUACACCAUGGCUUAAGUAAUUUACCUACAUUUGCCAUACAGUACUUUCAGCCAUACUAUAUUUUUCAUUGAUAUGUUGAUAUAUGAGGACAGGGAUAACAUUUUAUAUAUAGAUGGCACUGAUUUUCCUUUACUCUCAGAACAAGAUUAAUCUAACAAUAAGGUUUGACUGUUGAACUAAAAAAGUUAUUUUCUUAAAUUGUCUAAGAACUAUUGGUAUUUCAGAAUUAGAUGGUUUUACACUAAUGCAUGAACAGUGGAAGUUCCAGUACAGUUGUUCAUCCUGUUUUGUUUUAGUGGAGCGAUCCUUUAGUGGUGUGGCCAACACUGUAUUGAACUAAUGUAGUAUUUAACUGUAAGUACAUUUGACAUUGUAGAUUUUGAGCCCUGUCAUUUAUGUUAUUACUGUAUUUGUGUUAGUUCUGUUCAUUCUUUUUUUUAAUAAUGAACAUAUCAAAAAAUAAAAAAGAAGGGCAAUGGCAUAUAUGACAAUGAUAUUUUGGUAGACUGCCAAAAAUAAACAAUAUAUUGUAAUAACCCCAUUUUUAUUUUUGAGAAUAUUUUAUUUUUUUCUGAAAAAGAAAUUAUUGUGGUACAGUCUGCAAAAAACAGUUGCCAGAGAGAGAGAGAGAAACACAUACAUUGAAGACAAUUAAGUCUGCGUAAAACAUUUAUGUUUUAAUAUUAUGUACAUAUCAAUAUUUGCUGAAAUUUAGAAUCUACCUUUAUUGUUCUAAAUGUAUAUUUGUUUUGCAUUUGUACAUUGCUGGUAAUGUUUCUUGUAUAACUUUAUAGAUCUUUCUGUAUAUGAGAUUAAAAUACA